ACGUAGAGCCGACGAUCGGCUAUAUUAGACGCGGCGCGUGCGGAUUUUCGGCCGGUUUCUCGGUCGGAACAACGCUCGGAUGUUUGAUACUGCGGUGAGUCGAUUUUUUCUGCGGGUACAAAGCGUACAGAUCUGAGGAAGACAAGUUUUAUCCCUCAAGAUGCGCCUUUUUGGGCCGGUGGACGGAUUUUUGGUGAUGGUGGUGGUGGUGUUGAUGGUAGAGACAGCAGCAUUCACGUCGAGGUUUCACGACAGUGGGGUAUUGGCGAGGGAGGUGCUGACGCGGAGCCAGCGAGCGCAGAAAGGACACGCACAGCAGAACAAGUUGGAAACGUUUGUAGACCUCGCGACAUCGGCGGGCUAUUACGCGGAGGAGUAUGACGUCACGACGGACGACGGCUACAUCUUGACGAUCCAUCGAAUGCCCGGAGGUCCAAAAUCCCCGGUGACCCCGAAAAAGCCGGUGGUGCUCUGUAUUCACGGACUCCUCGCUGCUUCUGACGUCUGGGUGUUACGAGGACCCGAUAAGGAUCUCGCCUUCAUGAUGGUGGACGCUGGCUAUGACGUUUGGCUGAUGAACACGCGCGGCAAUUAUUACGCGAGGCGGCACAAAAAAUUGGUGCCCAAGGAAGAAAAAUUCUGGCGCUUCAGUUGGCACGAGUCGGGCGUGUACGACCUCAGAUCGACGAUCGACUACGUCAUCAGCUCAACCGGAGCGGAAAAGGUGUCGCUGAUCGGCCACUCCAUGGGCACGACCAUCAGUCUGGUGCUCCUGUCCGAGAAGCCGGAGUACAACGCCAAGGUCAACGUGAUGCUGUCGUUCGCUCCCAUCGCCAUUUUCACCCACUUCGUGCCCGGGCCCAUUGGCACGAUAGCCGUGCGCUACGGCAGACAACUCCAGAAAACUUUCAAGACCCUGGGCGUCCACGAGAUCUUCCCCCGGAACCCCAGUAUGCUCGCGGCGUACGUCACCUUCUGCCAAAUGCCGCGCAUCGAGCUUUUGUGCCAAACGCUGAUGCUGAAUCUCGCCGGGUUGUUGAAGAACAAUUACUUCGACGCCAUCGACAUUAAUAUGAUGCCCAAGGUGUUGCAACACUACCCGCAAGGCUCGUCGCUCGAGACGCUCCUGCAUUACAGGCAAAUUAUGCUCAGUGGUAAAUUCCGGCAGUACGACUUUGGUAGGGAUGGAAAUUACAUCCGAUACAAGAACGCGACACCGCCCGAGUACCAUCUCGAGAGGAUAACCAUUCCCAUAAUCCUUUAUUACGGCAUGAACGACGCGUACACGACGGAAGGGGACGUGCUGGCACUUUUGGAUAAACUGCCAAACGCCGAGGGCCGAGCGAUAACCCACGAGCGCUUCAGCCACCUUGACUUCCUGUUCUCGAACUUCACCCAAGUGGGUCUCUACGUCGACGUCAUACGCACACUCGAUUGGUACAACGGUGAUCAGAAGGGAAGCGACUCGGUGACGAGCCAGGACAUCGAGUACCUUAAGAACGCGCCGACCACUGUCGUUGUCUAAAAUCUGUCAUUUUCCUCUGCGAUUUCAAAUGUAAAAAGGAAAGAAGAAAAAAAAAUGAUACGGUUGUGAAAUUUUUGUUCAACGUAACACUUGGUGAGAUUGCGUUUAGUAUUUAUCAAGUGUAGAAGCGGGUAAUAAGCAUGCGGAUUUAUUUAUUUUAUCGUGGUAAUAAUAUUGCACUUUUGUCUUUUCAUUCAAAAGACGUGUGAUAAGGAUCAUUAACUAUUUAACAGCAAAUAGCUUGAUUCUACCAAAAAUGUUUUUAAAAAAAACUCAUAAUAUAUGUGCUCUAAUAAUGUUUGUCGUGCUUGAGUUACGUUGGCUUGUUUUAGUUUUGUUUUGUUGUAUCAGUUGUAUACUUGACGCCUUAGGGGUGUACACUAGUUUUUUUUUUAAGAUUCAGAAACAGCAACUUGUAUUUACGGAAAUAAUCACGUUUUUUAAAAUUACGUAUUGAGUUCUUCAUUUCGUUCAACCCAAUAAAUUGUAGAGUUGAACAAAAAAAAAGUUUUCCGUUACAUAAAAACGUUGAUUGGUUUUUAAAGAAUCUCAAUUUUGGUUUUAAAACAAUUUGAUUGUUUAAUACACAAGUUGUUUCAGUUAUAAUAACGUAUACAGACAAAAAAAACAUUUGGCCCUUUCAGCACCCGAGAGCUCUGCUUUCAACAGUUAUUUCAUAGUAACAUAAAUUAGCUACUAAACGUAUAUGUACAUAUAAUGUAGAGCAGUUUAAAAAUUUUUGUUGCAAAUUUUUCGAGAUAUAUGUAAUUAUUGCGAUAAAAGACCGAUAACUUAGAAAUGUAAGAACAUUGAAAUUGAGAACCACGAAUAGUAUCAUUUUAUUGCGAAAUUGAUUUAAAAAUAUGAAUUAUUCUAUUGGAACGCAGAAUAAGAAUUAACAUUCAUCAUGAAAAAUCGGAUGUCUCAAAAAUGUGAAACCUCAGUGACAAUACUAGACUAUAGUCAUGGUACGCAGUACGUGUAAAUAAAAUACACACACUAAGUUCAAGUACUUUUUCUUUCACUUGGUCUACUAUGUUAAAAUGCUUGUUAAAAAUACAGGAAAAUAUAAAUUUGAUACUUGAUAAUUUGCUUUACAAUCACUUGUAAAUUUGCUUUUACAGAGUCAUUGCUUUAUUUUAUAUUUACUUGAAAAUCAGCUUUUGUACAUAUUAUAGCAUUACGUAACGUGUGAGUAGUUUAAUGGUAUUUUGUAAAGUUUUGCUACGUUAGAACCAUUUUCUUACUACUUAUGAAGCAUUUAGUAUGGCAUGAAAUAAAAAAA